AUGAAGUUCUCUAGCUCCAAUAGUUUUGCAUUGUGGUUCACGGUAAUCAUCGUGACAGCCUUCCAUCUGCCCGCGAACACUGGAUGCCUAAACGUCCCCGAGGCUUCUCAAGGAGAACGACCGAUAUUGGCCAAACGAGGUGUAUUUGUCCCUCGUUUCGUCGUGAUUCCCAUCAUCGGACCGAUCUCGUUCAACACAAUGUUUAAUUGGGGGUGCCCUCUGGAUUGGCAAGACUACAAUUGUGCUGGUGCUGAAUAUGAGACGAGAGUCAAGAUGGAAGCCACGCAAGCGAUCAGCGACGUCGUAGAAAAGUACGCAGAAGCCCAUCCGGAAAUGGCGAAGAAGGUUUCGUUGGAGUUGCGUGAGAUUUGGCUCGAGCAAACUGGACAACUUCCCAAACAGGAUCGGUCUCGAGUUGUGAAGGCAAGGGAUGAUCUUCAACAAUUGUUUGAAGAACACCCCGAGCUACAGGAACAGGCCGAAGAAAGAUUUCAAUCGAGGGUCAACGACAUGUAUCGCAAGCUCGAGCGGACAGACCAAGCCGACGCUCCAAGACAGGGUCCGGUGGAUUGGGCGCACAUCAAUCCUCACGAUGAUUGA